AUGGAUAAAGAGUCGUUAUUUAAUUUAUGCUACAUGAAUGAAUGCUUCAAUACUGUUACCGGUAAAACGUGUACCAAAAGCAAUGAAGAGCACAAUUCGUGCGGUUCUUCAUGUGCUAAGACGUGUCAAAACCAGAAUAAGCAGAUGAUGUGCGCCUCCGUCUGUAAGGACGGCUGUUAUUGUAAAAAGGGUUAUAUUAGAGAUGAGAAGAGCGGGCAAUGUGUCUCUCCUGAUAAAUGUCCCAAAUAAGAGACCCUCAUGUUUAAUGAUGC